CCUGUCGGCCGUAAGCGUUACAGUAUUAUUGUUAUUGUUAAUAAAACGUUUGUUUGUCCUAAUUAGCCUCUGAUUUAUUACUAUUUUAUCAGAGCUGUGCCAGACAGUAAUGAACUCAGAUGCCUCAUAUUAUACCUAUAACCUUGGGAUAUCUGACAUUGGGGACAAAGACGAUGGCAGGGAAAGGCUCUGGGUCACCAUAACCCUGAGCUGGAUUAGAGGUUAUUGAAAGCAGGGUGAGGUGAAAUCAACCUCCAAUGCUCAGCAGCCUCUAGUGGAUAGCAGCACCAGACACGAAGGAAGCCUGGUGGGUCAGGUUUUUCCUGUUUAUCUGGUUAUUAGAACCGCACCUCUGAAUAAUCAACACUCCUAAACUUACUUUGUUUUUUUUAUAUAACAUAGCUCAUUAGAAAAGCACUUUACAUGUAAACAAGGACAGAAAAUGACGUGCAGUAGUUUCCUCCACGCUGUAUAAAGGAACUCAGAGGGUGCACAGUGCUCACUGUGAUCCUUUUUAAUAUGCCUAAUGUGUCGUCUGGAUACUGGUGCCAAAAAAACUAAGAUUGACUAACUGAGCAGACACAAACCCCGCACUUUCUCUGGGAACAUGCCAAGUCCCUUGUUGCAGCUUGGAGAGAAAUCUGCAAGCGGUGAUGUUUGAAAUCAGCCUUUACUGUUCAGGCCAGAGACUGGCAACAAUGCGGGAAUAAGCACUUUUUUUAAAAUAAACGAUUAACUAUUUCUGCUACAGCACCCACAACAACGCCUCCACUAACAACACUUCAAAACUAAACAAUCCCUGCUGUGUCGCGUACAAAGUACCUACCCAUGAACCGGUGUUUUUCCAAAUGCGCUUAUACUACAAAUACAGAACCAGCUGGGACAGACCUUCGCAAAUGCGAAAGCAGUGUGUAAACUGUGGGAUGGCUGUCUCUCAGGGAACUCCUGAGAUUGCAUAGCGUAAAAAAAACUAUUGGGUUUAAAAAAGGGAAAGUGCACGAAUUUCAAGGAUGAUCUGUGUUUGCACAUGAAACGAGGCCGUGACAGACGGUUAUACAGUAAAACUAAGCGGACUAGCGUUUUUCAAAGGCACAGAAUAAAGUCUGAAAAACCUCCCGAGGGUUUAUUUUCAUUUAACAAGAGACCCGGAAGCAGAAGUUACAGUAGGGCUCUGUUUGAUUGCAUGCACAUCACUGGAGUUAAAAAAAAAAGAAAAACCUGAACGCGAAUGGGAAGUUAUACCUCAGGAAUGGAAGAUGAACAAAUCUCUGUAAACGUUGCCGACAAAGAAAUGCGGGGUUUUCUCACGGGACUGGACCCGGACGUCCUUGGUGAUUUAUCAGAAGGAGUAAUCGACGGAGAGGGAAUCCGGGAUACAGAUUUUGCCAGCCGAGAGAGGAAAGUUAUUAAAGCCAGCGAUGUUUUGGGCUCGCGUAAGUGCAGGUCAGAAGUAGGGGGCAGUGAGGAUAGCAGUGACCGGGACACCAACAGAAAGCCGAGCGCGGUGGACAUCCUAAGGCGAAAUUUGGGAGUGCCUGUACCCCUGGCUAACAUCAACAACAAUUCAUCAGAUGACCAGCGGGAUCGUGUCGGAUCAGUCGUCGGGGUCGUUUUGCAGCGGGGGACGGACAGCGGGGAUCGAGGGAGGAGCCCCGGACGGGAAAAUCAAGCCCGUCGCGUCGCCGGAGAGGAGCCGGGCAAAGCAGAAGACACGCCGGGGUUUGCGUCGCCCGACCCGGACGAGGUGGGGUUAGCCCGGUCCGAGGGCCACGGUCUGCAGGGGGGGCAUGUUUACUGCACGGUGUACUGCGUGGAAAGCGGCCACUGCUGGGGACCCCCGGAGAGCCUGGGGGCGCGGCUCAGCCUAGGUGGGGGGCGGACGACCCCGCCGGUGGAGCCGGGCGUCCCCGCCCAGCCGGAGAGGGACCGGCCCCCGCAGAUGGACCCGGAGCCGGACCCGCGUCGCUCCGCCGCGGAGCCCUUCACCGUGUCCGGCGUGAUCGACUCCAGGACCUCGGCGGACCCGCACGCCGGGGACCGCGGGCUCUCCGUGGUCCUGACCUGCCGCAUCUGUCUGGACGACAAGCACAUCGAGCCGCUUUCCUGCUGCAGGCGGGCUGUGUGCGGGGACUGCCUGCAGCGAUACCUCAGCUCCCAGGUCCAUCUGGGGCGCGUGGGUAUUACAUGUCCCAUCACGGAGUGCAGUGAGCACCUGGAGGACAGCACAGUGUUGGCACACCUGCCUGGUGAGGACAUAGCCAAGUACAUGUACUUCCUGGAGCUGAGCAGGGUAGACUCCAGCACUAAACCCUGCCCACAGUGCAACCACUUCACCUCCCUCAAGAGCAAGACACCCAGCAAGUCCGAGAGCAGAUACAAAGUGCAGUGUCCGAAGUGUCAGUUUGUGUGGUGCUUCAGGUGCCACGCUCCCUGGCAUGAUGGUCUGAACUGCAAGGACUACAGGAAGGGAGACAAGCUCUUACGCCACUGGGCCAGUGCAAUUGAGCAUGGGCAGAGGAAUGCUCAGAAGUGUCCAAGGUGCAAGAUUCAUAUCCAGAGGACAGAAGGCUGUGACCACAUGACCUGCUCGCAGUGUAAUACUAACUUUUGCUACCGCUGUGGUGAAAAGUACCGACAUCUCCGAUUCUUCGGUGACCAUACCUCGAACCUCAGCGUUUUUGGCUGUAAAUACCGCUACCUCCCAGAAAAACCCCAUCUGCGCCGACUAAUUCGGGGCUCUGUCUGUGUAAGUAAAGUCCUUGUUGCCCCGGUGGUCAUAGUGCUGGUGGUGGUGUUUGGAGCCAUAGCCCUUGUCAUAGGUCUUAUUGCUUUCCCUAUCUACUACAUUUGUAAAAAGCAGAGGAAAAGGUCUCAGGGUACAGGACGCUGGCUCUGCUGAUGAAGAGGGCACCAGGAUCCUGGAGGGAAAUUAGCAAUAGUACAGUAUGUACCAAAUACCCCCAGCCUGUGGCCGGGAGGCACACUGCUGUGGAGAAUGACCUGAAAGGCCACAUGGCUUCUUACACACGUCUUUGCUUAUUUGUUUGAAUAUUGUCAGUCUUUGAACUGUCAGGGCAACUUUGUUAUUUUUGUUUUGUUUUUAAAACACAGGCAACUUUGCACAUCGGGGCACUAUAAGCCCUCUCCUCAUGUCCCUGUUCUCUGGUGGCUACUGAAUUCUUGCUCCUCUUUCUGAAAGACUGUAGUGCGGAUUUAGAAGCUGAAUAAUGGCACCCAGUCGGUGCCACUGUUAUUUUAGACAUUAUAUGUGGUGCUGUAAAUGGAAUGUGAUUUUUUUUAUUCUGAUGGCAAAAGAAAUAUAGUAAUGGCAGAGAUAGAUCAGUUUUACAUAGUGGUACAAAAGACGUUUGUUUUUUUUAAAUAGAAGGAGAGGUUUAAAUAUCAUAAAAAUAAGGCUUGAAUGUGGCUCCUUCUCCACUGUGUAGGGUCCCUGAUAACUAACCUGGGAUGUGAAAAUGUGUGACCUCCCAUGAAGAAAUGUAUUUGAAAAAAUACUGUAUAAUACCCGCUCAGCUCUGCAAACAUGUCUCAGGUAAAAUAACACUUCUCAGUUGGAUGAAUAUGGCCAACUUUUUCAUUUGCUGUAUAUGUUCAUCAUUCUCAGAUAUGUGUGCUUUAUUUGAAAAUUCUUAUGAAAACAAGUACUUUGUUCAGUGAUUUAUCCAGUUAAGACUUUUUUUUACCUUGGUAAAAUGAAUAUUUUUACUGACUUUGAAAGUCAUCUUUGUAAUGCCGUUCCUCAUCAUUCAGUGAGGGAAAAGAUCUUUAAAUCUUCCGCUGUGCGUUUUACAUGAGUAUAUUUUUUUGCCUAUUGCUGAAACCAAAGUUUUUCCCCCUAGCAUCAAGUACCGUAAUAUUUUCUAUUAGCUGUUAGCAUAUGGUGUCUUUUUUUUAACUAGUAUUCAUGAUAAAACUUUUGCCAUAAAUGACAGUUAAUAAUAUGUUCUGCAUGAUUAGUUAGUUUCAAGGCAGGGGUUUCUUUCUCCCCGUGACAAAUCUUUCUCAUGGUAUGCCUGUAUUUAUGGUUAGUAAGAUUUUAUGUGUAGGAGAGUUUGUUUUCAUGCAGCUUUAAAACAUUUUGAAGAGCAAGAUAGUGGAAGAGUGUAACCACCACAGAAAAUGGAUAUCUUCUUCUUUUAGCUUGUAUGUCUUAUUUCUGCCACUGAUACUGGUGUAAAUAAAUCUAGAAAGUUUGAAAAUGUUACUUUUCCUUUUUGGUGAAGAUGAUCUAGUAGCACAAGUAUAUGCAUUUAUUGUUGUCUCCUCCACAAAGCAGGCAGCACAAUUUCAAAGUCCAGUUUGACUUUUGUAGACAGUUUUCAAGUACUGUAAUAGAGAUAUUUUAACAACUAUAGUAAGAAAUAAAAAAAGGCUCCAGAGACGUCCUAAAACGUUAUUUGUUAAUAAACUGACUAAAUUGAAACUGGAGAAUGUUCCUCUCCAUUGAUCUAAAAAAACCCAAACUGACCUGUCAAAUGAUUAACACAUCCACUAAGGGAAAUAAUUCUGGCAAAAUCUACAGUGGAACACCUAUGACAUUGUAAAACUUUAAUUUCUUCAUUGACUGGCAUCCUGAACCUUUUGUCAAUUCUUAUUUCUAUCGUUUUCGUUCACCAUACUUUCAUUAAGGCUCUAGGAAUAUACCUCAAACUACAGAAUCUAAGGACGAAUAAGGAUUGUGUAAAACAGUGAGAGAGAUAUAUCUUAUCUUAAAGACAUAAACUACCUAUGGAGUUUUGUAUGAUGUACAUUAUAAUAUUUCGGGAUUAGAGACAUUGCAACAGAUUAUCAAACAAUUAAUCUCAGGGAAAAGUAAAGUAGCAAUUUAAUUUUUAAGGACUUUUGUGUGUUCUUAUGUUUUAGAGGACAUAAAACAUCUAAAACCGAAUAUUACAUCUAAAACCGAAUAUUACACAGUUAGAGAGCUGAUCAAAUUAAAACUGUGUUUAAAUAUAAUUUAGGUCAAGACAUGGAUUAUUUACAGUCUAAUGUAUCCAGGUAAUAAUAAUCCAGGUAUCUGCAAAAGGUCCUUCUAAAGAAGUUGAUGAUUUUAGUAAGUAAAUGUUCAGAGUCAGUAUUUCUUAUACAUAUUAAAAAAUUUGUAAAACAUUUUAGUUUGAGUUCCACUUUCAGGUUACUAUUAAUUUGUCAGCUUCCUAACAGGAUUUACACCAUCUACUGUAUACAACCUGUAUUGUUAAAUUGUCUCAAAAUGCAAACUGGACAUUGGGUGGUUGGAUGGUUAACAGCCAUGUUUUUGUCCUUAAAAAUGUGUUCCAACUUUCAUCAAAAUACCCCUUUCCUAAAGGCAAAAUGUAGCUCCUUACAGAUGUGCCAUUUUGAUAUUGUGACAAUAAUUAAUUUUGGUGCCUUUUUAAAAAUAGGUAAUGGAAUUCACUUGCUGUAUUAACACUUUUAAAUAAGGGAAUUUAGCAAACCUUUAUGGAAUAUUUUGAAACAGCACAACUUUUAAGGUCAGCCCAUAAAUGUGUUUGUGUGGUAGCUGUUACUGUUUGAUUUCUUCUCUGCUGUUUUUGUUGAAUGCAUUUUCUCAUAUUACUGGUUGAUCUGUAAAUAUAUUGCACUUUACCCAGCCAAAAACAAUUAUUUUAAACCUUUUUGUAAAGACAGAUAUAGUAUGUCUGAAGGUGCUGUACAUCCACACUGGACACAAGACACGUGAGGAAAUGCUUUAGAGGUGUUUGCAGUGCAAAGGAAUAUUCUCAGCAGAAGUGAACUCAGCGCUUGGACUGGCUGGAUGGGUGGAAUGGUCUCUUUGCCCCUUACGUUCAUUAAAAAUAUUUCCAUUCUUAAGAAAAUCUUUAUAUAGAAAUAUGUUCUUUAGUAAAAUGUAUCAGAAUUCUAAUGUACAUAUACAGUAGCUAUGGCAAUUGACUCCUCUAAUACAGUAUUUGCUUUUCUAAAAUGGAAAGAAUUUGGCUAGAAGACUAUAAAAAUUAAAAUAUAUAUAUAUUGUAUAUACUUAUAACAUUAAAUAUACAUUUUAUGUAAUGAUGUACAGUGGUGUUGAAAUAAUCUAGAUUAAUAAAUAUUAGCUAUAUAUAAAAUUAAUAAAUAAUAGCUAUAUUGCUUUUAUGUCUAAUGAGAACAACAUAACUUUGAAAUUUAGCUCUGCAGCAAAUUUCAGCAGUUUUUAUUACUGAAACAGAGUUUCUGGUGUUAUUAUUAAUGACAGAUCAGAUGUCUGAAUGCAUACAUAUUCAAAGUCACUGAACUCUCGUCCUGCUCGUCCUGUAGUAAUGCUAGUUAUAGACGACAAGGCCCGUUCAGCAUUUUUAUACAUGACAUUAGGCAUGUUGGGAUGUUAAUUGCAAUAUUAAGACAUGACCCACACCUGUGUGGAAGACCUUUUUUAAAUAUACUUGGUGUCCCUCAGGUGUUUCUGAUUUUUUAUGUCCGCUACCUGUACAUAACAUAAUUAGAAUUUAAUUAUGUAUACAGAGACAACAUUUUCCACUAUAAUGGAAAAUUAAAUUUGUCGGAUGGUGGCGAGAGCUCUUGGCCCUCAUAGUGGUGUUCUUGAUGACACUGCUGUUGGGACAGUCUGUCAAGUAAGCUGUGUUGAAUAGGAAUGGAUGAGCAGGAAUAUAUGUUUAUUGGCUGUGUUUUUCAAUUGUUUUUAAACCAAGUCUGAUGUGGAUUAAUAAUUCAUCAUCUUUUCUCACUACUCUUUGUCCAGUGUUGAUGCACAUUAAAUCUAAUCGUCGAUUAGAUUAAAUGGAAUCGUAGAUUAUGGACUCUGCCAUCUCUGUCAUAAGAUGCCACACAGUCUUUUGUAAAAUGUUAGUGCUUUUUUAUAGCUUUUUCAGCACCCAUUCUACGUUUUGUCAUAUUGAUGUUAUUCUUACAGAUUCUGUCUAAAACUGUUACUAGUUAAAGCAUAAAGGUAAACAGAAUUAUGUAGCUGUUGACCCCAUCACAAAACAAAUUAUGAAAAGCAUCAAUACAGUUCUUUCAGGAUAAAAGGAUACAUUUUCAUCUGAUAACUAGUUGGAAACAAACUGAGAAAUAUCCAGUACGUUCUGCCAUAGCAGAAUAUUGUGUGAAAAAGUAUCAAGAUGUAGCCCAUUUAACAUGAAAUGUAGGUGACGAUAAUUAUAGAUGGCACCAGUGUGUUAAGAUUAAACACAAAAAAGAUUAAGGAAAAGCAAGAGUGCGAUCUUGAAGGUGUCUGAAUAAACAUCUCAGUGUUUGACAUUUACAUUUACAUCUAGUAGUUAGAUGUAUAUCUUUCAGUUGUCUCCGUUUAAGAACACCUAUCAUAUUUGUUAAAAUAUAAAUAUACGUGGUGCCCUAUUCAUUGAUCUACAAUUUUCUAACUGAUUGAUCAAAUUUCAUAGGUAACGGGAGACACCACCAUCUAUCUCACCAAGCAAUCAGGACAAGACAGGGUACACCCUGGAUGGGACUCCAGUCUAUCCCAGGGCACACACAGACACACACACUCACAACAGGGC